AUGAGAGGCAGAGCACUAGGACAGUCGGAGGACUGUCUGUACUCCCAUCUAGAGCAACCUGAACCUCAGAUGCCAAAGCAGGUCCGGCCAUGGCCGAUCGUGACUUGGUCUUUGGUCGCAUGUCUCUUGAUUGGGCUUUCAUACCUACUCCAAUCAACUGAGCUCUCAUCUGCGUCCUUAGUCCUGUCUGGAAAGCACCAUCCAAGCCCGCACAUAAACGGGGAAACCGCAAUACGCCCAGGAUGGGAACUUCAUCCCCAGGAUCAUGUGUACCGAGAGCCAGUGACACACUUUCUGGACUGGAAUAUUACAGCGGAUUACCGCAGGCCGGAUGGUGUACUGAAGCGGGUCUAUCUCAUUAAUGACUCAUUUCCUGGCCCAACGGUUGAGCUCCGCUCAGGGGAUACGUUGGUUGUCACUGUUGAGAAUGGGUUGAUAGAGGAGCCAGUAUCGAUUCAUUGGCAUGGUCUUCAUGUUGCCAAUUCAAUGGAUGGAGCUGCCGGAGUUUCUCAAUCCCCAAUUUCUCCCGGAAGUCGAUUUGUAUACAAUUUGACUAUUCCAUCCGAUCAAAGUGGUACUUUUUGGUAUCAUGCUCAUUCAGGAGUUGGGCGAGCCGACGGUCUCUAUGGUGGACUAAUUGUUCAUACGCCGGCAUCGAAAUCAACUGUUCGAGGCUUGAUAGCCGAAAAGAACAACAAUGUGCAGUCAUUUGAUUAUGACAAAGAACUUCUGUUGCUGAUCGGAGAUUGGUACCAUCGGCCUGCAACUGAGGUUCUUGAGUGGUACAUGGACCCUGGGAACUUUGGCAAUGAGCCUGUUCCUGAUUCACUAUUAAUAAAUGGACUGGGUCGUUUCUACUGUAACAUGGCUGUUCCUGCCCGGUCGGUGGAUUGCGUUGAGGGCUUGAAUUCGUCUAUCGUCAACCUCGAUCCGGAUCUCACAUAUAGAAUAAGAGUUGCAAAUACUGGCGCGCUUGCUGGGUUCACACUCUCCUUCAGCCAUCAUGCCCUGGAUCUGAUACAGGUUGAUAGUGUCGACGUACAGCGUUCCCAGCAGCAAAAUAUCAAUUCAGCUGGAAUACUGUAUCCGGGACAGCGUAUGGACUUUGUUCUUCGUCCUUCUUCGCUAAGUGCUGAGAAGGAAUCGUACUUGAGUGUUCAAUUGGAUCAAGACUGUUUCAAAUAUGCCAAUCCGGCAUUGACUCCUAAUCAAGCAUUUCCAAUCAGCUACCAUCCAUCUUCAACUCCCAAGACCAACUCACAGCAACCAGUCACUACCAAACACCUCGACAUCCAACAAGUUCCGUCCGCGCCCUCCAUCCUCAACAAGCUUCCACAAGAAGCAGAUCAAACCCACAUAAUCUACAGCAAGAUCCAAAAAAUGGCCCGCUAUUCCAACAAACCAUUCGGCUACAUCAACCAAACAACCUGGAAACCACAAGCGGACCCACCAGUCCCAUUGAUAUCCUUACCCCGUACGAAAUGGGAUAAGAAUCAGUUCUCUAUUAAUACAGGCCCAGAGCCUGUAUGGGUUGAUCUAGUAAUCAAUAAUCUAGACGAAGGAUCACAUCCUUUCCAUCUGCACGGUCAUCACUUCUUCAUAUUGGCAGUAUACCAAGCAACGUCUGGCUGGGGUUCCUUCAACCCCUUCACAGACAAAACACCGCCACACGUAGAUGCAGAGCUGGAACGUGAUUUGGAUCCAAACACAAACACAAGAACAUCAUCGUCAUCGUCAUCGUCAUCAUCAUCAAGUCCGUACGACCUAUCUCGCGCUGCACUACGUGAUACAGUCAAUAUCCCGAGUCGCGGGUAUGCCGUGAUCCGCUUCCGGGCUGAGAAUGUUGGGAUCUGGUUGUUACAUUGUCAUGUCAUUUGGCAUUCUGUUACUGGGAUGGCUAUGUUGAUUGAUAUACCUGGCUACUCUUGA